AGUCGAGGAUCCAGGCGGCCAUUGGUCCAACUGCGGACGGUAUUGGACGAACAUGAACAACGGACAGCAAGCAGGCGCCUCCGGGCAUUGUUCCUAUGUUCGUUGUUCCCACUGUGCAAGCGCAGCAGCAGUUACCGCAAGUUCAGCAGCAGCUACCUUCGGCGAAUGCUGCACCGUCCGUCCCGGUGAAUAGCGGGGCUCAGUAUGCUAUCCCACCGAUUGCAGCCCCUUGGGCUAUGCAGCCGUGGGCUGCCACGACGCAGUGGCCUGCCGCAAUUCCAUGGCCGGUGACCCCCGCGGGGAAUCCUCUUCCCCCGCCUCCUCCAUUGCCAGGUGCGCAGGUGCCAAGUGUGCAGGCACCGAGCGUCCAGGUACAGAGCGCGCAAGGUGGUGAUUUUCCCGGUUCCAGAAUUCCGACCACUGGUGAGAACCGUUCGUCUAAUCUUAACCAAGGGAAGGGUCCUGCUGCAAACGCUUUUCCAGGGUCAGGCAACCGAGUGUAUUUUACGAAAGAAUACAUGGACAUUUUAGAAGACAUUAAAUCUGAGAAAGCUCUUGAUGCUGCGAAGAAAAAGGUUGCUGGUAGUAGGCUCGGUGGUGUGCAGAUAUCGGACACCACUAAUGAGAGCUGCAAAUCAGAAGUCCGUUUGAGCAGCAAGUUAGACGAGAUGAAGGCAUGGGUCACUUCGACCCUCGGUGAUUCUUUGAAACUAAUCACCCAGAAGCUUGAGGAAGUGGAUUCCAAAUCCAAGCUGGCGGCGACUGAGAAGGAGGAGCUAAUGCGGCUUAGGGCUGAGAAGGCAGCCCUCGAAAAGGUGAAGAAGGAAGCGAGCAGCGAAAAGCGGAAACGGGAGGCUGUUGUGGCGCCUGUUGUUGUCACGCCUGCCAACACUGCAAAGUCCCGAUCGAGAGGAAGCUCGAGAGGACGAUCUCGCAGAGUGGAAAUCUCCUCGGACGAGGAAGAUGCUGAUGUUGGCCAAGUGAAGAAGAUGUUGGCUUCAAUCGCACAAAGCCUUGCCGACGUUAAAGGCAAGCAGCCGGUGGUGGAUCCUGAAAAACCUCCUGUCGCGAUGCACGGAUCGGAGGAGGACACCGAAGAUGUGGACGUUGCUGCUAAUUCCCCAUUUCACGAGGAGGAAGAGGUUGGCGAGGGUGGUUUGGCCGCAUAUAUGAAGAUGCGGCAGGACUUUUACAUGUCGCUGCAUUACACCAGGGUGCAGGAGAUUUGCAAGCAAAGGGAAAUCUCAUACUUCCGGAAGGAACCUGCUGCAUGGGAGUUGGCGAGAUUGGAUCUGCAAGAGUAUGCGGACCAGCUGAAUGGCAACGUUCCGAACGGGGCCAGCGGUGUGAAUAAAGGCGCUGAGCCUUCUCGCAAGACGACUGGGCGGACUAUGGACAACUCAGAAAUUGGAAACGAGAAGGGCGGUGACUCUAUUCAGGGAACUGAUUAGGGAGUCUCCGCUCCUUAAGGAGAGCAUCGAAGCGCAUCCGUGCCUGGCGAUGCUCUGCUAAUAGCUGU